AUCCACUCUGCUAUCAAGCCCGCAAUUGGCAAUUCUCUCCGAUCGGAACCGCUCGACGCGACUCAGUCCACAUCGCGUCAUCUUCGAACUUUGCAAACCUCUCGAUCGCUGUCUUACUGUGCACACUGAAAGCUUGAGGCCAUGUUCCAGAAUCCCAUCAUACCCGGCUUCGCUCCUGAUCCAUCUGUUGUCCUUGUGAACGGAAUCUACUAUCUCGCGACUUCUUCUUUCCAUCUGUUCCCGGGUAUCCCAAUCUAUGCAUCAACAAACCUCCAAGACUGGAAACACAUCGGAAACGCAAUCAAUAGGUCUUCACAGCUGGAUCUGAGCCAUGCUGUCACAGCUGCGAUGCCGCUUAACGACGGCAAUGUCAUGAUAGCAUCUGGAGGCCUAUUCGCACCCACAAUCCGUUAUCACAACGGCGUCUUCUACGUCGUCUGUACCAACUGCUAUCCCGAAAGCAACAACUGGCGAACAGACAAUUUCUUAAUUCAUACAAGAGACAUCUGGUCCGAUGUCUGGAGCGAUGCGAUACCCUUUGAGUUCUACGGCAUUUACCCUUCUCUCUAUUUCGAUGACGAUAAUCGCGCCUACAUUCAAGGCUCAUGGAUGAUGAACCGCAUAAGAGAGCCUAGUUGCACGAUCAAGCAAUUUGAGAUCGAUGUGAAUACUGGACAACCUUUAUCUGAGACUCGAGAAAUCUUGGGUGCCUUUCCAGAUGGCGAUGCCGAAGGUCCGCACAUCUACAAGAAAGACAGCUGGUAUUACUUACUUGUAGCACAGGGCAGAACGUUCGCGCAUCACAUGCUAUCGAUGGCACGCUCAAAAGAUAUAUGGGGCCCGUAUGAGCAAUGUCCGCAUAACCCUGUACUGACUGCAGAUGGCACGAACGAAUAUGUACAGAAUGUUGGCCACGGUGAGCUCUUUCAAGACGUGAAUGGAGAAUGGUGGGCUGCUGUUUUGGGUGUUCGAGGAGACCAGGAAUCAGCACCAAUGGGUCGAGAGACGUUUCUCACAACAGUCGAGUGGCCGCAGGAUGAAUGGCCCACGAUAGAUCAGCCACAGAUGUCGUUCAGCACACCGCGCACAGUGCAAAUGGGUUUUGCAUGCGCACAGCUGAUCAGAAAUUCCCGGCAGCUAAAGCCUCACAUUGACGACGUGUACCUGCAAAAGCCCCUACGACGGCCUUACAAAAAGGCAUCCUCAAUAACGCUCACGCCCACUACGUCAACCCUUUCAGCUACAUCAGCACCCCUAGCCCUACUCGCCCGCCGACAACGAAGCGUAACAACCAUUGCAACUGCAACCGUACUCCUCGACAACGAAGCCACCCACUCCAACGCCAUCGGCGGCCUAACCAUCUACAAAGACCCCCUUCGCCACGCCAGCAUCUCCGUCUGCCUAUCCACCCGCCUCAUCCAUGUCCAUUUCGUCGACGCAUCCAAAGACUACGAAUACACGGCUUCCUACCCAGAGCCCGUUUCCCGUUCUUCGACAGCCAUCGACCUCCGCAUUAUAGCCGCGGCAGAGCGCUACGCCCUCGAGUUCCGCGACCCUCAAUGUGACCGAAGGUGGAACCAAGUCGACGUGGUGGAUACGAGGAUGUUGAGUGCGAGGGAUUUCACAGGUACGGUUAUGGGUAUCUUUGCGCUGACGGAUGGGAAUGCGACGCUGAAUGUUAGCCCGAGGGAUGGCUGCGAUAGCGGGAGCGAUGUUACAGAUCAGAAGGUUACGUUUCGGGAUUUUGAGGUCAGGCGGUAGAUGGACGGCGAAGGGAUGUGGUAAUGUUACUCUGCAUAUAACGACUGGCGCAAGGAUGGACGAUGGAGUUGUUUUGUUGAUCUGAGAUCGCUUCUGGCAUAGAGGGGCGUUUGGUUUUACGUUAUUUGGUUUUGAUGCUAACGCCGAGUGUUCUGGAGUUACGGAGGUGUUAUGCUU